CGGCUACAUAUGCUUUUCUGCCAAAAGGGAAAGGGCCCCCACUGAGGCUUAUUAGCGAUCUUGGCGAAGCUAGGUACAUGUACCUUAUGCUUUAGUGUAUAUUAUAGGUACUAGGUACCUACGUAUAUGCACUAUAGCUGGCUGCCCCUUAUGUACUUCAGGUCGUAGCUACCAGCCAUUGCCUAACUGUGGUCCCGGUAAGGCGGUGGGCGAUAGGGAGUAACCUAGGCGGUGGUCGGGUAAUUCCCGGUAUUAUUUCAACUUCUUUUCUCGGCCGGACUACACAGCGUCAUAUUCUGUCCUGCCCUGUCCCGUCCCGUCCCCUACCUUAGGUACUUUUACCAUAGAUUGAUCACACGCCAAUUCAAUCGCAGCAAAGAGGAAGGGUAGCCCGACCCAUCCUCUAGCUUGCCUUGAUGUCGACUUCGAGGGCCUUGAAGCCCAUUUUCGGGUCUAGCUACCGGCUUCUUCUCGAUCAAUUGGCACCUCAGUCCACGAGGAAGCUCGUCUCGAGCCGCCCAUCCUCGGCAUGUCCGACCUGCCGGCAUAGCUCCGUCCUUUUUUUAAGCCGCCAGCUUCGGUUCUCCUCGUCCUCGUCUUCUUCCUCCAACUCGAAUCCGCCGAACCCUCCUAGGAAUAAUGAAAGUGAUAAAAAGCCUACCGAAAAUGAGCCUAUAUUCCCCUUCUCCCCGCCCUUCAUCGUACCACCUCCACCUCCACAACCGGAGCCCGAACCGACACCGACACCGACACCGACACCCCCGCCACAGCAACCGCCGCCACCUCCUCCCCCGGAAAGUCACCCCACGAGGAACCCCGAGCUCCCCUCAGCCCAGAAUUCGCGGCGCUCCGCUCUCAACCGUUCUCUCAGCACGUUCAUGGACCGGGCGCAGACGACGCUCUUCGCCGCGUCCCAGCGGAUUAAUGACCUGACGGGAUACUCUGGGAUCGAGACGCUAAAGUCCCAAAUCAGCGCUCUGGAAUCGGAGCUUGCGGCGGCACAGGCUCGGCUACACGCUGCGCGCAGCGCCUACAAGUCAUCGGUGGCCUCGCGGUCCGCGACGCAGCGAGAAGUCACGACGCUGCUGGCGCGACAGAAGAUGUGGUCGCCGACGGACUUCGAGCGCUUUACGGCCUUGUACCGACAGGAUUACGAGCUGGACGCGGCGGUGGCAGCACGAGCUGCCGAGCUCGAGGAAGCAGAACGCGAAGCCGAGCGUCUGGGCCGUGAGCUGAGUGCUGGUAUUCUGAGCCGCUACCACGAGGAGCAAAUAUGGAGUGACAAAAUCCGCCGCAUGAGCACCUGGGGUACUUGGGGCCUCAUGGGCGUCAACGUCCUCAUGUUCCUCAUUUUCCAGUUCGGUGCCGAGCCCUGGCGCCGCAGGAGGCUCGUCAAGGGCUUUGAGGAGAAGGUCCGCGAGGCUUUAGAAGAGGAGCGUCGGCUCGAAAGGGCUUUGAGGGGGGCCGAGAAGGAGAGGAGGAGGAUAGAAAAGGAAGCUGCCGCCGCUGCCGUUGAGACCACAGCUGCAGCCGAGGUAGUCGACGCUGAACCAGUUACGGCGGAGUUAAAACCGGAAGAACCAGCCGACGGUAUCAUAAUAGGGCCGCCGAUCACGUCGUGGCGAGAGUCACUCUCGAAUCCGGAGUGGUGGAAAGCCGCGUAUGCCGACUUAUCAAGUGAUAAGAAAGUCGCCCUUAAGAUGCGAGACGUUUCUAUAAUAGCGCUCGAGGGCGCCGCCGCCGGUGCCGCAGCUAUUGGUACUAUAGCUGCUAUUAUAUUUAUCCGAAGAUCCUAGACUAGAGCAAAGUGUCAAAAAGGGUAUGUACUCUAACUUCAACACCCACAGCUGUACAAUACGAUACCCCCCAAAGACCGCCCCUAUCAGCACACCAUGUACAUUCACCUUGUAUAUAAAUUCGAAAAAAAGAAGGAUGACGUUUGCAUUAUCUGCCGGUCUAAUUAAUGGGGGCAAGCUACUAUAUGUCGGGGUAGACUGUGCGAUAGCAUCUGCUUGCCGCUCCUCGACUGAGAAUUCUAAAUCGCGCCCAACAGUAAUCGACCUUUUUUUUU